AUGCCGCCCGUCGCUCCGCGUAUCCGAAGUCUCUUGUUCUGGGCGCUGAGCUGUGCCUCGCAGGUCUCCGCCCAGAAGCCCUCAAGUCAGUGUUCACUUGAGAAGGUCGCGGCCCUCCUCACACCAGAUAACCAAGCCGGGGUCUUGACGGCUUUGCACUUGAGCGACAAUGGCACCUUUGGCGAGGUGGGCAACAUCGCCUAUCCCAAAAAUGCGACUCACCUGCCGUCGCUCUGCGUCGUAUCGGUCAACGUCACGUCCUCUUCGACAUCUUCCUACACCUUUGGACUAUUUUUGCCAGACGGGUGGAAUCACCGGUUCCUCGCGGUCGGCAACGGGGGUUUCUCGGGAGGCAUCAACUGGUACGACAUGGGCACGGGGGUAAAGUACGGCUUCGCGACGAUGUCGACGUCGACGGGGCACAACUCGUCGAACCAGGACAUGGGCUGGGCGCUGAACAACCCCGAGACCAAGGCCGAUUGGGCCGGCCGCAGUCUGCACGGGUCGACUGUUGUCGCGAAGCAGAUCGUCGAGGGGUACUAUGGCGUCGCGGCGAACAGGUCGUACUACUCGGGCUGCUCCACCGGCGGGCGCCAGGGCGUCAAGUCGGCGCAGGAUCACCCGGAGGACUUUGACGGGAUCCUUGCGGGCGCGCCGGCGUGGAUGUCUACCAGCCAGCAGCUGUGGCAGCUCAAGGUCGGAGCCGUCAACCUGCCCGAGGAGGGGCCCGGGUACCUCCCGCCUGCCAUCUUUGAGGUCAUCAGCGACGAGGUUCUUCAGCAGUGCGAUGGGUCCGAUGGUAUCGUUGACGGUGUUAUCAUGGACCCUGCGCACUGCAACUUCCGCCCGGAGAAGCUGCUCUGCAACGCGAGCUCGUCAACGACGAACCGCUCCGCUUGUCUGACGGCGCCGCAGGUCUCGACGCUCAGGCAGCUCUACCUCCCGCUCGUCCAACUCGACGCAAACGUCCACAACGUGACGUACGUCUACCCCAACUUUGGCCUCGGCUCUGAGCAGCAAAUGCCGGCGUCGUUUGGGACCGGAAACGAGCCCAGCCUGUACGGGACGGAGUAUGCCAAGAACUACCUCUUUGACGACCCGUCGUGGGACUGGACGACGCAGUUUGACUAUUCUACUUUUGCCGAGGCUGCAAGGCUCAACCCGGGCAACGUCAAUGCGGAUCAUUUCGACCUUUCGGCCUUCCACGGACGGGGCGGCAAGCUGGUGCAGUACCACGGCUACGCGGACGGCCUCAUCCCCACGGACGUGAGCCGCGUGCUGUACGACGAGACCUGGGCGGCCAUGGCGGCGCGGGGCGUCGACCUCGACGAGUUUUACAGGCUCUUCUUCGUGCCUGGGAUGCAGCAUUGCUCCGGGGGCGUGUAUGAUGCGCCGUGGUACUUUGGCGGGAGCGGGCACGCUGCGGAUCUGGAGAGCAACGGGCAGCAUGUGUUUCCCGUGCCUGGGGUGGAUGAUGCUAGGCAUGAUGUGUUGCUUGCGCUUGUUGCGUGGGUUGAGGGCGGUGAAGGCGUGAGGGAGGUUGUUGCGACCAAGUUUGUGAAUGAUACCGUCGGCGAGGGGAUGUUGCGGCAGAGGCCGAUUUAUGGGACCUUUGGUCUCGCAAACUAUCCAGCGCUUUUCAGUCGGCCGUCACAGAUCCGGCGGAUGCUGGAGGACGAUGACAUGCCCGUAGAUGAUGCGCCAGAGGAUGAAGGCCAGGGGUCCCCUCGCCAGACGUACAAUUUUGCACCGGGCUACCACGGCGUAGUCUACCGCGCCGAUGUCCCGGAUCGCGGUGCGGUGCAUCGUCGCAAUCACAGCCGCGGCGAGCAGGACAGUGCCGCCGCUGACGCAACAUCUAGCCAGCCCAAAAACAGCGGCGGCAUCGACGACAGCUCGGUGAAAUACAAGAUGCAGUCGAUGCAGUGGGGGUUGAUCCCCUUUUGGACCAAGCGCGAUCCUGGCUACGCCGUGCUCUCCAAGACGAUCAACUGCCGCGACGACUCGUUGAGCACGCCUGGCGGCAUGUGGUCGACCAUGAAGGCGGGCAAACGGUGCAUUGUUGUUGCUCAGGGGUUCUACGAGUGGUUGAAGAACGGAAAGGAGAAGAUGCCGCAUUUUGUAAAGAGGAGAGACGGCCAGCUCAUGUGCUUUGCUGGGUUGUGGGAUUGCGCCCAGUAUGAAGAUUCUCAGGAUAAGCGGUAUACCUAUACCAUCAUCACGACAGACUCCAACAAGCAGCUCAAGUUUCUUCACGACAGGAUGCCCGUCAUCCUCAACCCGGGCUCCAAAGAGAUCAAGACCUGGCUGGACCCUAAGCGGCACGAGUGGUCCAAGGAGCUGCAGGACCUCCUGAAACCAUUCGACGGCCAACUCGAAUGCUACCCCGUCAGCAAGGAAGUCGGCAAGGUCGGCAAUAACUCGCCGUCCUUCAUCAUUCCCGUCGCGAGUAAGGAGAACAAGGCCAAUAUUGCAAACUUUUUCGCCAACGCGUCCGCGAAGCAAAAGUCCAAGGAGGCCACCAAGCUUGAACCCUCAGUCGAGGCAAGGGAGGAACAGCCGGGUGAGUCGCAGGCAGGCCAGGACCAGCCGGUGCCGGAAGCGAUUGCCAAGGCGGAUGAAGAAAAGGACGGUCCGGAGGUGGCGGGCAUCAAGCGGGACGCGCCCGACGCGGGCGGAGACGCAGACGAGGAGCCACCCAGGAAGACGUCGAGGGUGUCGCCUGUGAAGUCGAGGCAGAGCAAGAUCAACCCGACGAGUAACGGGAAUAAGAGUCCGGUCAAGGCGAAGCAGGGCGGCACGCAGAAGAUUACAAAGUUUUUUGCCAAUAGCUCUUGA